AGAUUUCGUUUAGUUUCAUUGCUGUCAAUAAUGAAAUACCAUUGUUGCGGUUUUACAAGGAUUAUAACUUCCGUCGAAAUUAAAUUGUGAUAAUUAUAUUACAAAUGUUUAUGAUAAAGUGAAGUUCAAAACUCUUAAAACAAUUUAGUGGGUAAUUAAAAUAAUGAUAACUAAAAUGCAGCCACAAACAAAUGUUGCUGUGCCGCAAGCUGUCACGACGCAGUCCCAACAGAUUGUCGGUGUUCCCGCAAAUGCCGUAAUCUUAAAAAUGUCGGAUAUUCAGCAAAUUUCGACAGUCGGGUUAUUGGAGCUUGCACAUAGAGAAUACCAGGCUGGUGACUAUGACAGUGCAGAAUUGCAUUGUAUGCAGAUGUGGAGGCAGGAUUCCACCAACACGGGGGUUUUGUUACUUCUGUCAUCCAUACACUUUCAAUGCAGAAGAUUGGACAAGUCUGCUCAUUUUUCCACACUUGCAAUCAAACAAAACCCAUUACUAGCAGAAGCAUACAGCAAUCUGGGAAAUGUGUACAAAGAAAGGGGCCAGUUGCAAGAAGCAUUGGAGAACUAUCGCCAUGCUGUUAGACUAAAGCCAGACUUUAUAGAUGGGUACAUCAACCUGGCAGCUGCUUUGGUGGCAGCUGGUGAUAUGGAGCAAGCUGUGCAAGCAUAUGUAACUGCUCUACAGUAUAAUGCUGAUCUUUACUGCGUUAGAAGCGAUUUGGGCAAUUUGCUCAAGGCUCUCGGACGUCUCGACGAGGCAAAGGCAUGCUACUUGAAAGCCAUUGAAACAAGGCCAGACUUUGCAGUAGCAUGGAGUAACUUAGGUUGCGUUUUUAACGCACAAAGUGAAAUCUGGUUGGCAAUUCAUCAUUUUGAAAAGGCAGUGGCGUUGGACCCCAACUUUUUAGACGCAUACAUAAAUCUUGGAAAUGUACUCAAAGAAGCAAGAAUUUUUGACAGGGCUGUAGCUGCAUACUUACGAGCACUUAACCUAUCUCCCAACAAUGCCGUUGUUCACGGAAAUUUAGCAUGCGUCUAUUACGAGCAAGGACUUAUCGAUUUAGCUGUCGACACAUACAGAAGAGCGAUUGAACUUCAACCUAAUUUCCCUGACGCAUAUUGUAACUUAGCGAAUGCGCUUAAAGAAAAGGGCCAAGUGGCCGAUGCGGAAGAAUGCUACAACACAGCUCUCAGAUUGUGUCCAUCACACGCUGAUUCGCUCAACAACUUGGCGAACAUCAAGCGAGAACAAGGAUACAUAGAAGAAGCCACGCGCCUAUACUUAAAGGCGUUAGAAGUGUUCCCAGAAUUCGCUGCCGCCCACAGCAAUUUGGCCUCAGUUCUACAACAGCAGGGAAAACUAAACGAGGCACUCAUGCAUUACAAGGAGGCUAUCCGUAUUCAGCCGACAUUCGCUGAUGCGUACAGCAAUAUGGGAAACACCCUGAAGGAGAUGCAGGAUGUCGCUGGAGCGUUGCAAUGCUACACGCGAGCGAUUCAAAUAAAUCCCGCCUUUGCCGACGCACACAGUAACCUUGCCAGCAUUCACAAGGACUCUGGGAACAUUCCCGAGGCCAUCCAGUCUUACCGGACGGCGUUGAAACUGAAACCGGACUUCCCCGACGCCUAUUGCAACUUGGCGCAUUGCCUGCAAAUUGUUUGCGAUUGGACCGACUAUGAGGCUAGAAUGAAGAAAUUAGUCAGCAUUGUCGCUGAACAAUUAGAGAAGAAUAGACUGCCUUCAGUUCAUCCGCAUCACUCUAUGUUGUAUCCUCUGUCGCAUGACUUCAGGAAGGCCAUCGCGGCCCGUCACGCGAACUUAUGCCUAGAAAAAGUUCAAGUUCUACACAAGCCGCAAUUCAAAUUCCCCCGCGAGUUACAAGGCCGUCUGCGUAUCGGAUAUGUGAGCAGCGAUUUUGGCAAUCAUCCAACGUCUCACCUCAUGCAAUCGGUACCGGGGUUGCACGACCGGUCCAAAGUUGAGAUAUUUUGUUACGCUCUCAGUCCGGAUGACGGCACUACCUUCCGGUCCAAGAUCGCACACGAGGCUGAACAUUUUAUAGAUUUAUCACAGCUGCCAUGUAACGGAAAGGCAGCCGAUAAAAUAUACGCAGACGGCAUUCAUAUUCUCGUGAAUAUGAAUGGGUACACAAAGGGAGCUAGGAAUGAAAUAUUUGCAUUGAGGCCGGCGCCGGUACAAGUGAUGUGGUUGGGAUACCCCGGCACCAGUGGGGCUAGUUACAUGGACUACUUGGUGACAGAUGCUGUGACGUCACCUCUGGAAUUGGCCAGUCAAUACAGCGAGAAGUUGGCUUAUAUGCCGCACACAUACUUUGUGGGAGACCAUAAGCAGAUGUUCCCACAUUUGCAGGAGAGAUUAAUUCUAAGUGACAAGGUGAAAUCGCAUAACUUAGGAAUUUUGGCGGAUAACGUUGCUGUGAUAAAUGCGACCGAUUUGUCGCCUCUCGUAGAGCACACCGAUAUUAAAGAGAUUAAAGAAAUAGUGCGGGCAGCGCGCCCCCUGGAGAUAUCUAUGAAAGUAGCAGAGCUGCCCACCACUACGCCGAUUGAAACUAUGAUUGCUUCCGGACAAGUACAGACGUCAGUCAACGGAGUCAUCCUCCAAAACGGUCUGGCGACAACCCAGACGAACAACAAAGCGGCAACUGGCGAAGAAGUACCCCAAUCCAUAGUCAUCACGACCAGACAGCAGUAUGGCUUACCAGACGACGCCGUCGUGUACUGCAAUUUCAACCAGCUGUACAAAAUAGACCCCCUGACAUUACACAUGUGGGUGUAUAUUCUGAAGCAUGUGCCAAACAGUGUGCUUUGGUUGUUAAGAUUUCCAGCCGUCGGUGAACCUAAUUUGCAGUCCACAGCUCAGCAACUGGGGCUGCCCCCUGGUCGGAUUAUAUUCUCGAAUGUAGCGGCUAAAGAAGAGCAUGUACGAAGAGGUCAGUUGGCUGACGUGUGUCUGGACACACCUUUAUGUAACGGACACACAACCAGCAUGGACAUUUUAUGGACAGGAACGCCUGUUGUUACAUUGCCUGGAGAAACUUUGGCUUCUCGAGUGGCAGCGUCGCAAUUAAACACGCUCGGUUGUCCUGAAUUAAUAGCGAGAACGCGCCAGGAGUACCAAGACAUUGCCGUACGACUCGGAACUGACAGGGAAUACCUAAAAGGAAUCCGGGCAAAAGUAUGGACGGCGCGAUCGGAGAGCCCUCUUUUCGACUGCAAAGCAUACGCAACGGGCCUAGAAAUGCUUUACAACAGAAUGUGGGCCAGGUAUACGAGAGGAGAACGGCCUGACCAUGUUCAGGCCAUAGACAAAUAGGCCGAACAACACUGCGACAGUGAAGGGACGUCCAAGAAGAGACGAUGGUGUUAGUGAAUUGAUAAGUGAUAGUGACUGUUAAGAAUGAUACUCUAGUAAAGUGAUAUAUUGGAAUAAGUGGCUUAAAAUAUCAAAUACUUCUAGAGGAAAGUGUUAUGGUAUGUUGUUCCUGCUAUUGUAGUUGGUAUCAUAAAAUACCCAUAUUCCAGUGAGAAUAACGAUGGGUUGGGUUGGAUUGGGAGACUCUGAUGUAGACUCUGUCAGUAAGACAGCUACUGUGAGAGGCUCUCUAAUACAUCUACUGUAAGUAGAUAGGUUGUCCAACAGAUCUAGUUUUCCAACAUUGUUUUACCUAAAACUGCUAAUGGUAGGAAUAAUAUUGACAGUUUCUGUAUGAGGCUAAUGUCUCUAAUAUUUCAAUUCUCUUAAAGUAUUACGUAGAUUAUUUUUUUUGAACUCAUUAACCCAGUUUAAAAAUGUAAGCACAAAGCUGUUAACAAUAAUUGUUGGAAUUGAUUUGACAUUGUAUAUAUUGAUUAGUCAUCUUUUUUGUGACAAUUUUUUUUGCCUAAUAAGGGAACUUUUAAAUUCUAUAUUGAUUAGUAAUUUAUUUCUUUACACCUCCAGUAUUGUAUAUAUUAUACUGCUGGUAAUAACAGUAUGACUUAUAGAUGGUUUAAUAAUUUCAUUGAAUACAAUAAUUGUAGAGUGUCCCAAUUAAAUUGUCUUAGCAAUAAUUAAAAGUGGCCUUCAUUGUGUGUGCCAUUACAAAUUGCAAUAGAUUUUAAUUUCAUUUCUAUGUUAGUUUUUUUUAUAAAGUUGGACUCAUUUAGGGUAAGUAAAUUAUUUUAUUAAGUAUAUUAGAAUUUAUUUUAGUGUUGAGGAACGAUGUCGCAGUGUUUGGAUAAAAAUCUACAUUUAAUAAAACAAAUAUUCGGCUUUCGACUAUAAUCUUAGAUAGAACUAAGACUAAAUUAAAUAUUUGGGCAUACCAGUAACUAGAAUCUCGCACUGAGAUAAUGAUAUUGUUUUAGCUGUGGCAAAAAUUUGGUAUAUGGUGAGUUCAAUACAUUUUCUAUUCUGUAUUGUAAACGAUUCCUUUCAUAACCUAGUGACUACACAGCUUCAUUCAAACAAACUAUGUAAGACUGAAUAUAUGAAAGAUUAAUUUGUAGUGUUCUUUAAUAUGUUAAGAAGUUGUUAAUAGAAGUAAAUUGGCAAUAGUUUUCUAGUUUUCAUGCAAUUCAUUGUUUGAAUUAGUUAAGCAUACAUUGUUACAUGUUUAAGAAAGAUGUUAUAUCGGUGGAGUAAAUGGAAAACAGUUUUGUUUGUGUGCGGCAAAUGUCAACAAUGAAUUGUUCAACUAAAAAUUACUGCAAAAUUAAUGUAGAAUUUGUAAGGCAGUAAAUAUUUCUAAAUUGUUUGUUUUUGUUUGAUUUCUAAAGGUGCACUAAUAUUGCCGCUUGCCAAAAUAACAAAUGUUUAGCAGACAUUCUUUACUUCCUGAUUGUAAAUAUUAAACGAAACAGUGCUAGGUAUAAUAAAGGAGUGAUAAUAA